ACUUGGUGGACUGAUUAGUUUAUUAUCAGAGGUGCUAGUGUGAGCUUCCUCGAAAAUUUAACCACAGCACUGUCAAGAGUGAAAAGUUCAGUUGAAAAAUAAAUCAUCGCAAAAAAGAAAAAAUUGUUGCAAUAAGUGAAAAAAAGCGUUUUUUAUAUUUAUUAUCAUUUUAAUGUAUUAAUUUCUUUUUUUUUUGUUUUUUGAACUAGUUUUUAUCUUUUUCUUAUUUAACUUUUAAAUUGUUGUUGAAUUAAUACAUAAGUUUCCUUUAGCAGCAAAAUGAUGUUAAAGGGCAAAAAUAGUUUAAGAGAAAAAUUAUUUUUCGGAGUUCUAUUAUUCUUGUUAUGUACUCAAGAAGGUUUCAGUUUAAAAUGCAUGGUUUGUAGUAUUGAUGCAUCAGGAAAAUGUAUUGAAAAAGAGAAGGUAUGCAGUAGUGGGACAGCAACAACAACGGAAGCAACUAUUACUACUGAGGGUAUAACGACAACUCCUGGAGAAGCAACUUCGACUCCAGGAUUAAGUUCAACUUCUAGUUCAGGAUCAAGUACGACGGAGAUAACAACUUCCAGUCAAGGAUCUAGUACAACAGAAGAAACAAAAUCUACCACUGCAUCGAGUUCAACUCAAGACCCAACAUCUACUUCUGGAUCCACAACAACAGAUGGAUCAACAACAACAGAUGGAGUAAUAUCUAGUUCUGAAUCUACAACGACAACAAAGGAACCAACAACAACAGAUGGAGUAAUAUCUAGUUCUGAAUCUACAACGACAACAAAGGAACCAACAACAACAGAUGGAGUAACAUCUAGUUCUGAAUAUACAACGACAACAGAGGAACCAACAACAACAGAUGGAGUAACAUCUAGUUCUGAAUCUACAACGACAACAGAGGAACCAACAACAACAGAAGAAUCAAGUACAACAGAUGAGACAACCACAACAGAUGAAUCAACAACAACAGAUGGAGUAACAUCUAGUUCUGAAUCUACAACGACAACAGAGGAACCAACAACAACAGAUGGAGUAACAUCUGGUUCUGAAUCUACAACGACAACAGAGGAACCAACAACAACAGAUGGAGUAACAUCUGGUUCUGAAUCUACAACGACAACAGAGGAACCAACAACAACAGAUGGAGUAACAUCUGGUUCUGAAUCUACAACGACAACAGAGGAACCAACAACAACAGAUGGAGUAACAUCUGGUUCUGAAUCUACAACGACAACAGAGGAACCAACAACAACAGAUGGAGUAACAUCUAGUUCUGAAUCUACAACGACAACAGAGGAACCAACAACAACAGAAGAAUCAAGUACAACAGAUGAGACAACCACAACAGAUGAAUCAACAACGAUAACCACCACAAUUUCUACUGUUGGACCAGUGAAAUCGUUAAUAAAUAAACUCGCCAAUCCGCUUACGGCCCUGAAUCGUCAAAGUCGUUACGUCCGAUCCAUAUUUCGUGCCAAGGAUGGAUUUUCCUGUUACAAAAUAGUUGACAAAGACAACAAAAUAAUGGAAAAAGGUUGUGCAAAAGAAGAGCAGCCAAAAUGUAACGAAGCAAAUAAAGAUCUGUGUACUCAGUGCGAUGAAGAUGGUUGUAACUCAUCAGCUAUAAUGAAAAUUAGUUUCAUUUCAAUUCUAGUACCACUCUUUUUUCUCUUUAUUGCCAUUUAAAUAAAUCCAUUCAAUUAUCGGCAUAAUUAUUCUUUUGAUGAAAUAAUACCAUUUAGCGAAAAAAUUAAUACACUAAAAGAUCGUUAGAAAUCUUGGGAGUUAAGAGUGAGAAAAAAUACAUAUAUAUAUUAUUAGUAAUACUACAGUAAUAUUCGGAACAUUGCAGUAAUAUUACAAAUACUAUACAGAAAUAUUGCAAAUACUACAGAAAUAUUACAUUUCAUAUACAUUCUGCGUUGCUAAAUGUUACAAUCGACUAAUGGAAUAUGUAAUUUUGCAAAGAGAUACCAAAAAAAAAUUAUUUACGCCAAUAAAUUAUUUAGAGACUAUUAAGUAUCAUUUUUACAAACAUUUAAAAUGCAUUACAAAUAUCUUACAAUUUAAAAGUUAACCAUUCAAAUAGCUAGCAAUAAUUAUUCAUUUAUUUCUAUUGAUAAAAUAAGUAUUCGUCAUCAUUGAGAGAAAAAUGAGUGCGCGUAAAGUUUUUUUAAUAGGGAACAAUUUUUUUUUUUUUUUAAAUUGCAUA